AUAUAAUCGAAGUCACUUAAUAUCGACAAUUGACAAAGAUACAUAAAAAACAGGAAACAAUCAAAUUGCAUUCAAUAAAGUAAAAAGCUUAUUGAUCAAAUGUCUUCGCCGGAUCUGAAAUUGAUGUUACAGUCGCAUCAAGGCGCCGAUUUGAGUCAAUUAAGAAAUACUGUUGCACUGCUCGCUAAGCACUUGAAGUCGCUAAAUGAAAGACUUGCAACUUUACGACAUUCCAUUAGAAUUGUAUCGAGUAGCAAGAUAAAGGAAAGAUACUUAAAGAGGACACAUUCAUUGGUUUGGGAACAACAGACAAUACAACGAAUUGUAGACGAGUACAGAAAAAAGUUAAAUGAUUUGCUAGCACACGAAGAAGCAAAGGCAACGGCUGAGGAGAAACAACGACAAAUACCACCGAAAAAUCUUAAACUCUUUGAACUGCUUGAUGUGGACACAAAGACAUUUACUACAGAGGAUAAAUUAUCAACUAUAAUAGAAACAAAACAAGAUGAUUUGUCGAAAGAUGGUGAAAAUAAAACGACCUCAAACAACGAGACAAUAAAGCGCAAAAUAGUGGAAGAGCAUGCAAAAGGCGUAACUCAAACUCAGCAGGAUGACAUAAAAAAGCGGAGGACGUCAGAGGAGGAGAAGCAAUGCACAGAUGAAAUUGUGAUAAAUAGUCAAGAUGAGGCAUUAAAAUAUGUGACAGCGUUGCAGGAAUAUGCUUUAAUGAAUGAAAACUUUGGAGCAACGGGACUUUUGGUAGAAGUUGAAAAGUCAUUCAAAAAUCCAGCCAUUAGUUCCGACUUCGAGGUGUAG